UAUGGACAAAAUGCUCAUGAGAUGCGUUUUUAUGUUGGAGAAAUUAAGUAAAAUAGAGCUGGGGUAUGUUGUAUAAAUCGUCUGUGCUGUCAUGCUUGGACAGAGAAGAAAUUUCCGAAACGUAACCGAAACCAAGUUGGCUGUGAAAGCAUUUCUUUCUUGAAGUGUCUGAUGGAUUAUGAGUUCCGGUAAGGCGUCACACUACAACCACUUCUCAGGAGGAGCUUCAUCCACCUCAAGCAUCAGCUCCUGUUCGUCUGAUAUCAACAACACGGCCAGAAUGGAGAACACAUUUGGGCCAUCAUUUUCAGGAGUUGCCCCAGUUAGCAAAGGGGAGACAUCCAGUAAUUAUAAACAGCAUCGUCGAACACCUUCUACCUCCAGCACACUGACUUUCUCUGCUCGAGACGAUGACGAUGGCAUGCCACCUAUGGGUAGUUCACGCGGUUCAGACUCGGCCAUCUCAGUCCGAUCUCUUCACUCGGAGUCCAACAUGUCCCUGCGCUCAACUUUCUCCCUGCAUGAAGAAGAGGAGGAUACGGAUCCGCAGGUUUUUGCUGAGCAGCCUUCAGUUAAACUGUGUUGUCAGCUGUGCUGUAACGUGUUUAAAGACCCCGUCAUCACCACAUGCGGGCAUACUUUCUGCAGGCGGUGUGCCUUAACCUCCGAGAAAUGCCCAGUGGAUAACUCGAAGCUCACUGUGGUGGUGAACAAUAUUGCCGUGGCAGAGCAGAUCGGUGAACUCUUCAUUCACUGUAAAUAUGGCGUACGUCCCAGCGCUUCAGGGAAACUCACUGUGUUUGAGGUGGAUCCACUCGGCUGCCCUUUCACAAUCAAACUCAGCACCAGGAAAGAUCAUGAGGUAAGCUGUGACUACCGGCCGGUGCGCUGCCCGAAUAAUCCCAGCUGUCCUCCCCUGCUCACUAUGAACCUGGAGGCUCAUCUGAAGGAGUGCGAACACAUCAAGUGCCCACAUUCAAAAUAUGGAUGCACGUUCAUUGGAAAUCAGGACACAUAUGAGACACACCUGGAGGCGUGCAAGUUUGAGGGGCUGAAGGAAUUCCUCCAACAGACAGACGAUCGCUUUCAUGAGAUGCAGGUGACUCUGGCUCAGAAAGACCAGGACAUUUCCUUCCUGCGCUCCAUGCUGGGCAAAUUGUCUGAAAAACUCGACCAGCUUGAGAAAACCUUGGAGCUCAAAUUUGAUGUGCUGGACGAGAACCAGAGUAAACUAAGUGAAGAUCUGAUGGAAUUUCGUAGAGACGCCUCGAUGCUUAAUGAUGAGCUUUCACAUAUUAACGCAAGGCUUAACAUGGGUAUCCUCGGCUCCUAUGACCCUCAGCAGAUCUUUAAGUGUAAAGGCACAUUUGUGGGUCAUCAGGGUCCGGUGUGGUGUUUGUGUGUUUACUCCACUGGUGACCUGCUCUUCAGCGGCUCCUCUGACAAAACCAUCAAGGUUUGGGACACCUGCACCACAUACAAAUGCCAGAAAACUCUGGAGGGCCACGAUGGUAUUGUGUUAGCUCUGUGUAUCCAGGGGAAUAAGUUGUACAGUGGCUCAGCAGACUGCACCAUCAUUGUUUGGGACAUCCAGAACUUGCAGAAAGUGAACACAAUCCGGGCACAUGAUAAUCCAGUGUGCACGCUCGUCUCUUCACACAAUAUGCUCUUCAGUGGAUCACUCAAAGCAAUUAAGGUGUGGGACAUUGUGGGCACAGAGCUAAAGCUAAAGAAGGAGCUUACUGGUUUGAAUCACUGGGUGCGAGCUCUGGUCGCGUCUCAGAAUCACCUGUACAGCGGAUCCUACCAAACCAUUAAGAUUUGGGACAUUCGUUCUCUUGAGUGUGUCCAUGUCCUCCAGACCUCUGGGGGCAGUGUUUACUCCAUCGCCGUCACCAAUCACCACAUAGUUUGCGGCACAUACGAGAACCUCAUCCACGUUUGGGAUAUUGAGUCUAAAGAGCAGGUGCGCACACUAACGGGACAUGUAGGGACGGUCUACGCACUGGCUGUCAUUUCCACUCCAGACCAGACCAAAGUGUUCAGUGCAUCCUAUGAUCGCUCGCUCAGGGUGUGGAGUAUGGACAACAUGAUCUGCACUCAGACUCUGCUGCGCCAUCAAGGCAGCGUCACUGCACUGGCUGUCUCUCGAGGACGCCUGUUUUCCGGAGCUGUGGACAGCACUGUAAAGGUGUGGACCUGCUAAAUAAGAAACAGCUUCUAAAAUCACACAAUGGACAUUUUAGUUACUUCCAGCAGUGUGUAAAAACUGUGAGAAUGUGGUGAAGUUGCAUCACUUUUAAAGACACCAGCCUGAGCAGGAGUGACUUUUUCUCCCCCCUGUAUUGAUUCGUUUCUUCUGACGUGGACACGGUUGAUGUUGGCUCACACAGCCUUGGACCUGGACAGCGACUACGCCUUAAACCACUCCAAAUGACCAGCGCGCUCGAGUCAGUAGUAAUGAGACUGAACAUACGAUUCUCUAUACAGACAUUCCACUCGAUUAUAACGAUGGCUUUUCUGAACAGCAAGCCGUGAUGCGAUAAAUCACGUCUGAGAUGCCUUCGCUACCGGGACUUAGCAAUGACAUCAUCUGAAAUGACCGCCUUACCUUUUCUCCACUAACAUUAUUGUUUGACUGUUCACGAGGCAUCCUGCACAGGUCUGGGAAACAGAGCUUCACUAGUAAUUCAAUUACUUUGAGAUUGAAUUAAGUUACUUAUGCACACAAGUUUAGUCCUGAUUUGGAGCUCAUCAUUAUUAACCAGGUGUUCACACCGAUAGUUAUGUGAUACAACAAAAUCUUGUGCUGUCGUGAUGCAGGGUUUGUGUUCAACACGUGAGAGAAUGUGUAAACAAACAUGAUACUGUAUGUUCCAGCAUGUGGUAAACAAUGGGCUAUACAUCUCAGCAUUUGGGGGGAGUGUGAUGUAGUGAGCGACGAUGAUGAGGAUGAGCAAGAGGACAGCGAUGGACAGUGAAUGACAUUGAGAUCUUCGUGAAAUAGGAAUAGGCGCAGGUAUAACAGAUCCUGCUUAAUUUUAGCAAUGUCACACGAUCAAGCUAAAAACAGCUAAUCAGUAUUCACUGUUAAAAUGGCAAUUUCCAAACCAAGCCAAGUGAUUUGGAAGGUGGGUGUGUGUGGGGGGGAAAAAUGUUUGUAUGAUACUACAUGACUGGGUUUUUCAUACGAGCAGCUUUAUGACUAACAUUCAUUAUUGCCAAGUGAGAUCUUUUUUAAUUUCUUUCAUUUUUACUGUAUAUACCUAAUCAACAGCACACCAUGUCAGUGAAAAAAAUCACAAAUCUUUAGUGCAUCAUUGUUUACUUUCUAGUACUUUUAGAAUGAAGCGGACGAGGGAUCGAGUGAAUAUCACUUUAAACUUCUUUCUUUUUGAAAGAGUGGCUGAAGCUGUUUAGACAUGUAAACAGUAGCAAUAACACACAUCAUCUAGGACUUUUCUGAAUCACUCUGCCUCCUCUAAAAGCCCUGGAUUCUUUCCUGUGGGUAAACUUGCUUAUUAGUUAGCUACAAAUUCUACUGUACAGAUAGCAAAGAUGCGAGAAAGUGAACCGAUUAACGCGCGUCUGCUUAUGUUGCUAGUGCACACUCGUGAUGUAAAAGCUAGUCAGGGAAGGGACAUCAGCAAGAGUCUGAAACAGUAUUGAAACACUGACUCUUUUAAUUUUUAACCCAAAUUAUGACUGUAUUACAGCUGAUGUUUAAGCAGUGCUUUGAGCAGCUCCAGCUCGAGGCUGUGUAUGUGUAUAAUACAGGAGACACACCUCGAUGGUUCCAACUGCCUGGGUGUUUCACCAAGACCUGCAUGGGUGUUUUAUAAUUUUUUUCUUUUUAAGUCACACACACACCCAUAACAUAUAGUGUUAAUCAUUGUUUAUUCCACUUUGUUGUGUUAUUGUACCUACUGCUCUCAGCCAAUCAGAACGCACUGAUUCGUCAAGCGCUGAUAAUUCACUUCCAUUGUCACUGAUAAUUGCCUACAUUUUUAUCACGGUUCAUGACAUUAUCACAAUAUUGAAUAAAACGUUCUGAAGAAUGUC